AUGAAUCGUCAACCGUUAUCAUACACUCCAGUUUAUGUUACUGAUGUUAAACCCGACGUAACGUCUUUAGAUGAAGAUUUAAAAAAGUUGAGAGAUUCUAAAUUUACACAACAAAAUAUCGACGAGAUCCGGUAUUGGAUGUUUAACCAAAUUCUAAAAGAGUCACCAAGUACAGAGGAAAAUUUAUUGGAUUUGCUAAAGGAUGGAACAGUUUUGUGCAGAUUAGCCAAUAAACUAAUUGAAAAUGAUUCAAGUUUUAAUCCAAUAAAAUGGAAAUGCAGUAAGAUACCGUUUAUUCAAAUGGAGCAAAUUUCCUUAUUCUUACAAUUUUGUAAACAAUACGGAGUUCCAGAGGAUGAAUUGUUUCAAACAGUGGACCUAUUUGAGAAAAAAGAUCCUGCACAAGUUUAUCAAACCAUUAAAUCUUUGAGUAGAUAUGCUAAUCUAAAAAAUCCCUCUUUGUUUCCCGUUAUUGGUCCAAAAUUGACAAAGAAAAAGCCACCUGUAAAACACAAGCCCGAUUAUUUGAGCAAAACUACUUGGAGCACCAUUGAAUAUGGAUAUAUGGGCGGUUCUAAUCAAACAACUGAACAUAUAAGUUUUGGAAAAAAAAGAGAUAUUGUGUAG